AUGGAGCCACAUGAGGGACAGGCGAAAGGCUCUCACAAUAUCAGUAAUGAAUUCCAUCAAGAGUCAAGGACAGCGUCUUAUCAGACGAAACUACAGGUUAACACAUUGGGAGAUAUAGCCGCCGAAGUCGCUGAAAUAUAUAAUGCAGACCGAGUGGACUUUAAAAGGGCUCAAGGGAAAGAGCCGGCUAUGGAAAAUACCACUGGAUUUAUCACCAUCCAGGAACUGCUCCUAAUGGAAGCAGAGCCCACACCUGGAGAGCAGAUCGCCGAAUCGAUCCUGCGUGAUUUCUGUUCCUCGCCAACGUACUUUGAAGAGAAUCAUGAACCUGCCACUGAAACCUCCCCCUGGUUUCGAUUUCGACAUAAAAAAAUCAAAACCUACAGUAGGAGGCGGAUUCUGAAAGAGGAACCGCCACCUGUUACUCUUAAAUAUGAAGUGGAGGAGGAGGAGGAUCGCUUAAGCUGUUCUUCGGGUCUAUCAGUGCAGGAAGACUAUACAACCCCGGCCACUACUUCGGUGUGCGAAUUAGAUGCCAACACUUCGCAGAAAAUUUGUGAGAAUUUGCUGAAUCUAAGUGAAUACUUUUCCCUGGGUAAUCCCAAUACACCAUCCAACAAAUGUCUAAAUAUAGACCUUCCAUCUAAAAAAGAAACCAGCCUGCAGGAUUCCUCGGGAUCCAAAGAAAAGUUAAGCCCUAUGUCGGAUACUCAGUCUUCGGUUGAAUAUUCUGCUAUUGAAUUAAAAAAUCUCCGAGAUGAGUUACUGGAAAGCGACUAUACCUUUGAGGCCUCCCAAAACUGUGAUAUAAAACCUAGAGACUCCAAUGGAUAUUCCAGAAGAGACGAAUAUAGAAUCUAA